CUGGCCAGAGCUGCCACCUGCAGCCCCAGCAGCAAUAAAAGGGCAAGGGAGCAGGCACCUCGACAGAGCUCUGCAAGGAGCACCUCCUGGCUACACCGGCUGUCUGCCCUCUGCAGGGAUGGUGCAAGUGACUCCUUUCCUCCUGGUGCUCAGCCUGGCCCUGGUGGCUCCUGGCCAGGCUGCCAGAAAGUGUGUGCUGACUGGCAAAUGGAUCAACGACCUGGGCUCCACCAUGGCCAUCGGGGCUGUGAAUGAAGAAGGCAACUUCAAUGGCUUCUACCACACAGCUGUGACAGCCACCUCCAACAAGAUCAAGGUGUCACCACUGCAGGGGUCCCAGCACCACAUCAACCAGAAGAAUCAGCCCACCUUUGGCUUCACUGUCCACUGGACCUUUUCAGACUCUAUCACUGUCUUCACUGGCCAGUGCUUUGUGGAUAAGAAGGGAAAGGAGGUUCUGAAGACCAUGUGGCUGCUGAGAUCACAUGUGGACAACAUCACAGAUGACUGGAAAGCCACUAGGGUUGGCAUCAACAUCUUCACUCGACUGCCCCCUCAGAAGGAGUGAGGGUGGCUGUG